AUGUUCAUUCUGCUUUGCUGUCAUCUGCACAUUUCGCGGAAUGUAGACCUUAUCUACGAGCACAAAACUCUUAGUAUCAACACCGUGGUGGAUGGAUCAUCCAAAGUCAUCCAAGGUAGCGUACACCUGGCUGACCCUAAUUUUCAUCGCAACGACGAACAAGUUCAUGUGAAACUAGAACCGGGUUCCGCAACUCUCAAGCCAUUGAGUCUAAAAUAUCUUCGUAUUUCUUCGAAGGCUACGGUCACACACCUUAGGAAGUAUAUAGCGCAGCAGGUCCUUAGUGAUAUGUCUAAGUUUAAUGAGAUUGAUAUCUUCAUUAACAAUUGUGAAAAAGGGACGUUUUUGGGCAGAGACCAUGUCCUCAAGUUGACUGUAUUUGCUUGGAUAGUUCGCUCACCUUCAGCUAGAAAGAAAUGGACGAAUCCGGAAAUCCGUUUACCGAUCCACGUGCGGUCGGCUCGACUCCUUCGAAGAAAACUUCUCGCUUUACUACUUUUAGCGUUCCAGAUUCUUAUGAUGGAUCUACAACAUCGACCAAUUUUCCUCAAUAACUGCGUCGUUAUGCGCAAACCUAUUUGUUCUUCGAUUGUAGCAACGAAAAUUAUUCGAACUUCGGCUUUUACCGACUUUGACACAUCACAAGCAAACUCAACCGCUCGAAAAUCUGAGCAGCAUACUGUGCUGCACAAACCUGAAGGACAGCAAUAUGACGACUUUGAGACUAUUGAUUGGGUAAAGGAUAUCGCUUGCGAUCGAGAUCGUCACAGACGGAUUCACUCGGACAGGAAUACAUUUCUUGGUUGCCUUCGGAUAUACUGGAAUUCAGCUUCAGGCUGGGUUUGCGUGAGUCUUGUGGGGAUAGCUGCAGGUUUAAUCGCCGCUCUGAUAGACAUUGGUACACCCUGGCUCACCGAUCUCAAGGAGGGCAUUUGCCUCGACGCACUCUGGUUCAACCGUGCUCAAUGUUGCUGGUCUUCCGCUGUUCCUGGGGAAGAUUGUCCAGAGUGGUAUUCAUGGUCGCGAUUGGCGAUGAACAAAGACCCGACAGGUGAUCACCCAGACGCCUACUUCGUUGCAUACGUUAUAUUUGUUCUAUGGGCUCUCGCGUUCUCCGCGUUGUGUGUCGCUUUUGUUCGGAUGUUUGCUCCUUACGCAUGCGGUUCAGGGAUUCCGGAGAUCAAGACGAUUCUCAGUGGCUUCAUCAUUCGAGGCUACCUUGGCAAAUGGACACUAUUGGUGAAGUCUAUGGGCAUGGUCCUCGGUGUCUCUGCUGGUCUCAGUCUGGGCAAAGAAGGUCCCAUGGUCCACAUGGCCUCUUGUUGCGGCAAUAUCCUCUCAUACCUCUUCCCCAAGUACUCUAAAAACGAGGCCAAGAAGAGGGAGAUCCUGUCUGCUGCUGCAGCGGCUGGCGUUGCAGUAGCCUUUGGAGCGCCCAUCGGGGGAGUUCUCUUCUCGCUUGAGGAGGCCUCCUACUACUUCCCAAUGAAGACCAUGUUUCGGUCCUUCUUCUGUGCUAUGGUUUCUGCCAACCUCGUGCGCAUGAUCAACCCCUAUGGUGACGAGCAUUUAGUUAUGUUCCAAAUUGAUUACAAGGCGCAAUGGCACAUAGCUGAACUUAUUCCAUUCGCUAUGCUGGGCAUAAUGGGGGGGAUUUUCGGAACACUUUUCAACCGGGCCAACCUCUUCAUAUGUCGAUUACGCAAGACCACUUGGUUGGGCAAGCAUCCGGUGCGCGAGGUGUUGUCGAUCACCCUGGUAACAGCGGUCCUCUCUUAUCCAUUGCCCUAUAUGCGUAUGAAUAUGGGUGACCUCAUCCGUCUCAUGGUGAGCAAGUGCGGGCCUGGUGAUCUUGGCGCCCUCUGCGAUUACAAGGUGAAUCUGAGCGAUUCACAGGCUGCUAUGAUGGGUAGUUAUCCGGCGGGACCUGGCGUCUCCCGUGCCAUGUGGAUGCUUGCUGUUACACUCGUUCUGAAGUCGAUCAUUACCGUCUUUACAUUCGGCAUCAAAGUUCCUACCGGAUUGUUCAUUCCUUCAUUGGCGGUGGGUGCCAUGAUGGGACGCAUGCUGGGUGUUGGGAUUGAACAGCUAGUGGUGUAUCACGCAGAUCACCCGCUGGUGCAACGGAUGUGCAAAUCCGCCCAACCUUGCAUCAAUCCUGGUCUCUACGCCCUUGUGGGUGCCGCUUCCACUUUGGGUGGUGUGACGCGCAUGACCAUCUCUUUGGUCGUUGUGAUGCUCGAACUCACUGGGGGCCUUACCUAUAUUUUGCCACUGAUGGUUGCCGCAAUGGUGAGCAAGUGGACAGGAGAUCGUUUGACGAAUGGAAGUAUCUACGAGGAGCACAUUCGACUUAAUAAGUACCCCUACUUGAGCAGUCGGGAGGAGCUCACUCACACCUCUAUUGCCGCUGACGUCAUGCAACCCAAAGCACAAACAUCUCCCCUGUUGGUGGUGACGCAAAACUCCAUGACCGUUGGGGACAUAGAGUAUCUCCUUUCCUCUUCAACUUUCAAGGGCUUCCCCGUUGUGGUGUCGGAGGAGUCACAGUAUUUGGUUGGCUGGAUCACGAGACGAGAUCUCACUCGUGCACUCGAGCAAGAGAAACUUUACAAUCCAGACGUUGCUACGGAAUCAAUGGUCUAUUUUACAGACAGUAAUAGUGCUGGCGACUUUGGUCUGCCCACAAAUGUUGCGAAUCUUUCAGCGAUUGUUGAUCUUUCUCCAAUCACUGUCACUGAUCAAACGCCAAUGGAGACUGUUCUUGACUUUUUCCGAAAAUUGGGACUUCGACAGGUCCUGGUAACCAAAAAUGGGUAUGUCCAGGCACAUCAUCAUUUUCAUUUGCACAAUUGCUUUAUGUAA